GUAUUUUGAGGCAAAGGUUCGUCUUCUUCCUCAUCCGAUCCUUGCCAUUAUAUUCCUAUUCACAGUUUGGAUAAUAUCCAUUUUUUGCGGCCUCUUGUCCUCCUCGUCUCUUUUCUCUACCCCUCACUGAAGCACAGAACGAACGACGAAAUAAAACCUAAAAAGUCUGAUCGUUAGCGUCUUUCCUAGCACAAGUUUAUGCAUUUCAUCGUUUUUGGGUUCUCAGAUUGGCGAUCGGUGAAGUUCUCAACAGUUUUGGCAGCAGACUAUGUUGGAUUUGGUGGCGUACUCUCAUGGACCGAAGGGAUAUGUUGUUGUUACUCAAACAAGUGCAAUCCCAGCUAGAUUUCAUGGACCUCGUUUUUGUAGGCAUUAUUCAAAAGCUGUGUUUUGUCAUAAUGGACUGCACCAUUUAUCAUCACUUUCUGUCUACUGCAAGACUCAUAAAUCGCAUAUAACAAGUGAUGCAUACAAAAGUAGGCAUAUAUUCAAUGGAAAAAGAUAUUACCUCUUCAAGCACGUGCCGUCUCAAAGGUACAGAUUUCAAAUGUGUUCAUCACUUGAUGUUGCGAGUGCUGUUGAUGUCAUCAAUGACUUAGGGAUGGACACUUUAACAUUUUUAGCUGUUACUGUAUUGGUUGUUCCAGCGUUCAAGAUUAUGAGAGCCAGUCCUAUUCUUGGCUUCUUCUUUGCUGGAGUUGUGCUCAAUCAACUUGGCCUCAUCAGAAAUAUCACCGAUGUGAAAGUCUUGUCUGAAUGGGGGAUUCUAUUUUUGCUGUUUGAGAUGGGUUUGGAACUUUCGCUUGCACGGUUGAAAGCUUUGGCAAAGUUUGCAUUUGGGAUGGGAUUGUCUCAGGUUAUAUUGUGCACUCUUGCUUUUUCUGCAUUUGAACUUCCCCCUAAUGCUGCCAUUGGGACGAGGAUUAUGGAAUUUCUUUUUCACUCAAGACCUGAUCUGGUCAACAUCAGAAGUAUAGAUGAGGCUAUUGUAAUUGGUGCAGCUCUAUCAUUGUCUUCCUCUGCUUUUGUUCUGCAGAUUCUUGCAGAGAGGGGUGAACUUCCAACCAGGUUUGGAUCAGCUACUUUGGGGAUACUUCUACUUCAGGACAUAGCUGUAGUACCUCUGCUAGUGGUACUACCCGUUCUAGAGAGUCAGAAUUUGGUGGAAGAAAGCAUUUGGCCAAUGCUUGCUCAAGAAAGUUUGAAAGCUCUAGGCGGACUUGGUUUGCUCUCUCUAAGUGGAAAAUACAUCUUGAGGCGAGUUUUUGAGAUCGUUGCAGAAACAAGAAGCUCAGAAGCAUUUGUUGCCCUUUGCCUUUUAACAGUUGCUGGGACAUCACUUUUAACUCAGCAAUUGGGCUUCAGUGAUACGCUUGGAGCAUUCCUGGCCGGGGCAUUAUUAGCAGAAACAAACUUCCGUACUCAGAUUGAAGCUGAUAUAAGACCAUUUAAAGGAUUACUUCUUGGGCUAUUUUUUGUGACCACAGGAACUUCUAUUGAUAUGCAGCUUCUUUUCCGAGAAUGGCCAAAUGUUCUUUCAUUGUUGGCAGGCCUGAUUGUUAUAAAGACACUUAUUAUAACUGCAAUAGGCCCUCGAGUUGGGCUUACCCUACAAGAGAGCAUACGGAUUGGAUUCCUUCUCUCUCAGGGCGGCGAAUUUGGAUUUGUGGUAUUUUCAUUAGCAAACAGGCUUGGUGUGCUCCCACUUGAGCUGAACAAGCUUCUUAUAAUCGUUGUUGUGCUCUCCAUGGCUUUGACACCCUUACUCAAUGAAAUUGGACGAAAUGCGGCUAAUCUUAUUGAUGAGACCUUUGAUGGUGAUGAUGAUAAACCAGCUCAUGAAGUUGACUUCAAUACUAGUGAACCAGUUGUUAUUGUUGGGUUUGGGCAAAUGGGUCAGGUCCUUGCCAAUUUGCUAUCUGCCCCACUAGCUUCAGGUUUAAACAGAGGAGUGGGGUGUCCUUAUGUUGCUUUUGAUCUAGACCCUUCUGUUGUGAAGGCUUCAAGAGAUCUUGGUUUUCCUGUUCUCUAUGGUGAUGGGUCCCGUCCUUCAGUUCUCCGAUCUGCUGGUAUAUCAUCCCCAAAAGCUGUGAUGGUUAUGUAUGCUGGGAAAGAGAAGACCAUUGAGGCUGUUCAAAGGAUUCGACUUGCUUUCCCUGCAAUUCCAAUAUAUGCACGAGCUCGGGACGUAAAGCAUUUAUUAAACCUAAAGAAAGCAGGUGCAACAGAUGCUAUUCUUGAAAGCACAGAGUCAAGUUUACAACUUGGCUCCAAAUUGUUGAAAGGGUUUGGUGUAAUGUCUGACGAUGUAACCUUCCUGAGUCAAUUGGUCCGAGACUCUAUGGAGCUACAAGCCCAAGAAGCACUGGGUAAAACGGAUGAUCAAGAUAAAGUUAUGAAGCCUUUGCAGGUAAGAGCAGGGGACUUGUUAGUGGCCGCAAGAGAACCAACCACAUCUGAAGGCGAACAAUGGAAAAUGCAGGAGCAGACUGGUAAAAGUUUUGCCAUCUCAAGUUCUGAUCAGUUGACUGUUGAUGGUGAAAACCAUUUAAAAGACCAUAGUGAAAGUGAAGCCAAGAAAGGUUUUCCCGUAAGUUCAGAAAAUAUCAACAGUGACAGUCAGUAGGUAGGUAGGUGGAAGCAUUUGGGGUUGCAAAGCAUUCAACUUAGAGAUACUAACUCCAAAACACACAACAUUUUUUUAAAAGCCUAGUAGAGAAGAAAAGGCUGUCUAAUUUGUGGUCAUUGGUUCACUACCUGUAUAUAUUCAGUUUUGUGGUAGAAAAUGCUACUUUAACCCCAAGAAUGACACCAAGUUUGACACCCCACGCACAGACAAUUAUUGUUUGUGUGACUCUACGAGUCAUUAGUGGUGUCAUCCGUGGUGUGAGUGUAGCAUGACCUGUUUUGUGAUAGAAUAUAUAAUUUCGAAACCUUUUUUGGUUGCAAAAUUAGCAACUUUGUGUAGUAUGUACACUCUGUAUAGAAUACAACUUUUAUUACAUGCAAUGUAAUGCAAUGAGAGGGGUACCUAACAACAAUAGUGAGUUUAGGGCAUUUUGAUCAAUGCCAAGAAAAUACUUGAGCAUAGAACUGUGAGGCAGGGU